ACCAAGCAUCAUGGGGAAAACGCUGUUGCAAUUAUCUGUACGACAAAGAAAAUAACUUAUUUUGUGAUAGGAGUUGUAAAAGUUGGCUUUAUAUAACCAUAUAUUCCAUCAUGUAUCUGAUCUUCCUAAGUACGUAUACGCUGAUAUUCCUUUAUGGUUCUUUAUCAAUAAUCAAAUUCAUGGAUGACUAUCAAAUUAUUGACAAAGUUGAACUCUUAACCUAUUCAACCCACGGUAUCGGCUUAUCCGCUACUCCAACCUCAUUGAAUAACUUGCCUGUUAUUUGGUACAGAAAUGAUCCAAAAGAUUACGUGAAGUACGUUGACACGAUAACAGAUAUAAUUAAUAAAAGAAGAAAAAGAGAAAUUAAGAAUAUGACAGAGCUAGGACCAUGUGGUUCCUCUCCAUACGGAUAUGGGUAUAAACCUUGUAUCAUAUUAAGAAUAAAUAAACUACUCAAAUGGUCAGCAAAACCAAUGAGUGCAGAUAUAGCCAAAAAGCUUAAUGCUCCAAAAAAGGUGCAGGAAUGGAUGAAAGUGGAACAGAAAGUAUGGUUACACUGCGAUGGCAUUCACCCAUAUGAUAAGGAACAUCUGGGUAAAAUCAUGUAUUAUCCAGAUCCACCAGGUUUUGAUCCAAAUUUAUUUCCAUUGACCAAAAAUACAGAAUCUCCAUUAAUAGCUGUUCAGAUUUCUGACUUUACUUUCGGGAUAUCGCUGGCUUUAGAAUGCAAGCUAUGGCAUCAUGAAGGAGUAUCAACUAUUGAAUUCAUGUUAUACGUCACACCUAAGAAGAUCGAACAUUUAUAAGAAUUAAAAUGAACUGGAUUUUUGG